AUGAUGCUCCUCACGUUUCAGGUGCAAGUCAUGCUGGUGGUGGUAUGCCUCCUCGCCGCCAUCGCCAGUGCACAGUCAUCGUCUGCCUCGGCGUCUGCUUCGGCAUCCGAUUCAGCAGUGUUUUUUAUUACCACUCCCUCUGAUUCUGCCUCUGCAUCCGCCUCUGCAUCCGCCUCAGACUCGGACGAUGACACCACCUCCACCGUGACCACCACCACCUCGACAACAACAACGGGCUCAACGUUCAGCACGACACUGUCCUGGACAUCCGCCAACGAAACCUCGCCCGCCAGUUCCUCCCCCUCCUCCUCCUCCAGCGGCAACGCCUCCGCCACAUCCACCGGCAAAUACCCCAUCACGACCGACAACUCCUGCGGCCCCAGCGUCGACCGCAUGUGCCUCAUCACCGGCGUAAACCCCUGCUGCAGCUCCUCCGGCUUCUGCGGCUCCACCCCCGACUACUGCGGCAGCGGGUGCCAAUCCGCCUACGGCAACUGCACUGCACCAGCCAGUAACACCUCCUCGCCCCUCGGCUUCCCCGCCUGCAGCUGGGCGCUCGGCGAGGGCACGUCGCCCCGGUGCGACGGCCGGUGCGGCGCCGCCUUCAACGGGUCGACGUGCAACCCGGACGCGGCGCCCGACGCCUUCGCCACGUACGGCGUCUUCGAUUACGGGCCGUGCUGCAGCUCCGAGGGGUUCUGCGGGAGCACGGUCGCGCAUUGUGGGGAUGCGUGUCAGAGUGGGUGUAAUGGCUCCGCGGGAACGGAGACGACGAGUUCGGCGGGUGCGACGGUUACGGUUACGGCGGCGGCGACGUCGUCGACGGCGGGGGCGGCGGGGAGGGUGGGCGUGGUGGCGGAGGGGGGAGUGGUGGCGGUGGUGUUGGGGGUUGUGGGUGUGGUGGUGCAGGCGCUUUGA